UUGGGUAAUGAUGUUUUUAAUGAGUGAUAAUUGUAGGAGAAGAUUGAAGAAGAUAUUUGAAUGUAAAAAAACAAAACUGAACCAUGGCCUGAUAAAAAUAUUUGAUUUUCAUUUUGAGGAGGGUUAAAAAUAUUGGUACUUUUUUGAAGGGUAAAGCAAGGUUCAAGAGUAUAAGAGUAUAGGAAUUAUUUUGAACAAACUGUUGAAGUAUAUGUUCACCAUUGAUGUUGCAUCCUUGACUUUGAGGGACUGAAAUAAGGAAGCAAAACGGCUAUUAAUUAAGCUU